AUGCCUCAACAGCUUGCUCCCCCCGGUCGCUACACCAGUCUACACAAAUACGAAAACCUCGCCGGACCAGACGAUGCUCGCCCAACGGCCCUCCGAAUCAUACAAGACCAAGACCUCGUCGGCAAGCUCCCGUCCAAAGUCGCCCUCGUCACCGGCGUCUCCUCGGGCCUGGGCAUCGAGACGCUCAAAGCCCUCGCGGCGACCGGCGCGACGGUUUACGGCACGGCACGAGACCUCUCCAAGGUCCAGGCUGCUCUAGAUAAAAUGAGGGACGGGGACGGCGAGUCCUCCCUCGCUUCGGCGACACCAGAGGUACAUCUCCUCGAAAUGGACCUCGCCAGCCUCGACAGCGUACGGGCCGCGGCGGCGGUGUUCAAGAGGCGCAGUGACCGGCUGGAUAUCUUGGUCAACAAUGCCGGGGUGAUGUACACGCCCGAAGGGAGCCGAACAAAGGACGGCUUCGAGAUGCAGUUUGGUGUGAACCACCUCGCGCACUUUCUUCUCUUUACUGAGCUACGAGACCUCAUGGCCUCGUCAUCAACACCCGGAUCCGCGGCGCGGGUCGUCAACGUCACGUCCUCGGGUCACAGACUUCAGGGCAUGAACUGGCCCGACGUCAACUUUGUCCGUCCCGGCGCGUACGAGGGGUACAGAGCCUACGGGCAGUCUAAGACGGCCAAUAUUCUCAUGGCCAACGGCGUGGAUCGGCGGUACGGGGCAAGAGGCGAAGGAGGAAGAGGAGGAGGAAGGAUCCAUGCGUACAGCGUACACCCGGGCACGGCGAUGACGGGGUUGCAGGUCGGGGUGAGGGAACAGAUGGAGGCGUUAAGGGGGAAUGAGGCGGCGUGGAGGACGGUGAAGAGUCCUGCGCAAGGGGCUGCUACGGUGGUGUUGGCUGCGCUGGGGAAGGAGUUUGAAGGGUUUGGGCCGUUUUAUCUAGAGGAUUGCGAGGUGAAGGGGGAGACGGGGGAGAAUUUGGGGUGGGCGGGCGAGGGGUAUGCCUCGUGGGCUUGGGAUAGGGGUGAAGAGGAGAGGUUGUGGGCUUUGAGUUUGGAGAUGGUCGGUUUGCCGCGGGAGGAAGGCGGCGAUUGGUAA